ACAGACCAUCGGAGGAUCUACUUGACUUAGUGUACUAGUAAGUAGUAGCAGUAGUCUAGUUGGUGUUGUUGUUAUUGUUGUCAUGUAAUGGAUCCGGUUCAUUCUCCGGGAUUCUCUUUGGGGCGGCUAAGACUGAACUGAACUGAACCCGUUGAUUGAAGAUUCGGUCAUCUCGGCCAUGAACUAACUAGCAGUAUUUGUGAGACACGAUGGCAAACUGGAUACCCAUUAACACUUCUAUUUAACCAGGGUGUCUUCCGACUUUUUUUUUCUCUGUCUUGAUUCCUUCCAUCAUUCUUCUAUCUUUCUUCUAUCAUAAUAUCCAAUUGAUACCCUUUCCCCUUCUUUAAUUCAUUCACCUCUGCAACCAUGCGUCUCUCUUACGCCGUGUCUCUUCUGCCUCUGGCUGCCUUCGUCGGCGCCCUCGAGGUUACCUCCCCCAAGAAGGGCGAAGAUGUCGACCUCUCCAGCUCCUUCACCGUGACCUGGGAUUCCGUCUCGACUGACCCCUCCACCUUCGACCUCUACCUGGUCAACAACGCCGUCUACCCCACUGUAGAGAAGAAGGUCGCCUCUGAUGUCGACACCUCCAAGGGAUCUUACACUGUGUCCGGCCUGUCCGGCGUCACUGAUGGCUCCGGCUACCAAAUCAACCUCCUCUCCACCUCCUCCACGAACAGCGGUAUUCUCGCGCAGUCCGAGCAGUUCACCGUCGAGGGUGCUUCCAGCUCCACCACCACCGCCAGCGCCUCCAUGACUACCUCCGCCUCUUCCUCUUCCUCUUCCUCUACUGGCACUUCUACUGGUACUGAUACCUCCUCCACCUCUUCCUCAUCCUCCACUGGAUCCAGCUCCAUCACCACUGCAAGCACCAGCACAAGCUCCACCUCCAGCAGCAGCACCAGCAAACUAACCACUACUACCUCGGGCGCUAACACUCUGUCGACUACAGCAUCCUCCACUCGUUCUGCCUCUGCCUCGGGUACUUCUACUGCCUCUGCCAGCGGUACCGAGACUACUGCUCCCGUCUCCACCGGCGCCGGUAUGGCUCUUGCUGCGCCGAUGUCUGUUGCUGCGGGCUUGGUGAUGGGUGUUGUGGCUAUGCAGUUGUAAACCAUCCCCAAAGCGUUCUAUUUGUGGAUGGCUGAGAUGUAGUGCGGUGGGGUGAGGAUGUGAACGAGUGACGGAGUUUCUCUUCUCGUCUAUCACCUGAUUGGUGAUUUGAAAGCAAUACCGCAGUUUUAUUGCUUGUAUAGAUACAUACUUUCUAGCCAAGCUAGUUAUUACUUAAUGGUUCUAUAGCAUAUAUCCAUUACAUUACUUUAUUUUAUC